UUCAAGUGUGCACCGGGAAAAACAUGAUAAGAAGGCUAUCUGGACAGUGAAUAUGGGAAACAAAACCUUACAGGCAUACAAAGGAUCCUAGAAUGGAAAAAUCUGAUCAAAUCUUUUGAUCAGUGACAACUUCAAGUGGAGUGUGUGGUUGUGUUGUUUCUUUUUCUCACCACAAUGUGUGAGGGAUGGAUAUGGGUCGGAUGCCAGUUUAUUUUCGUUACGGAUACAAGGACUGGCAGGUUAUCAGCAUGAAUUACUAAGGGGAAAAAAGAAAAAUAAAUUUGCCAUAAAUGUUAAAUUCAGCUCUGGAGGAAUGACCAUGGUGAAAAGGAAGGGACUGUUAUUUUCGCUGCUGUACUUUAUGGCAGAGUUUUGGCUCACUUCGCAGCAAGUCCUGAGAAUUGGGGGCAUCUUUGAGACUCUUGAAAAUGAGCCCAUUAGUGUUGAAGAACUGGCCUUUAAAUUUGCCGUAACUAACAUAAACAGGAACCGGACCUUAAUGCCAAACACCACGCUGACCUAUGACAUCCAGAGAAUAAACUUAUUCGACAGUUUUGAGGCUUCAAGAAGAGGCCUGAUUCGUCUGCAAGAGUUGAUCAAAGCUCCAUCCAGAUACAGCAUUAAAAUAAAGAUCCGGCAGCUGCCCACAGGAAGUAAAGAUGCCCGUCCCCUGCUGAAGGAAAUGAAGAAAGGGAAGGAGUUCUAUGUCAUCUUUGACUGCUCUUACCAAACAUCAGCUGAUGUUCUCAAGCAGAUUCUGUCCAUGGGAAUGAUGACUGAAUAUUACCACUUUUUCUUCACCACACUGGACCUGUUUGCCCUUGAUUUGGAGCCGUACCGCUAUAGCGGGGUCAACAUGACGGGGUUCAGAUUGCUAAACAUAGACAAUCCUCAUGUGGCUUCGGUGGUCGAGAGAUGGGCCAUGGAGCGACUGCAGGCACCCUCCAAAGCUGAGACUGGAAUGAUGGAGGGGAUGAUGACAACCGAAGCAGCUCUGAUGUACGACGCCGUCUACAUGGUGGCUGCUGCCUCACAACGCACCUCUCAGAUCACCGUGAGCUCCCUUCAGUGCCACCGACACAAACCCUGGCGCUUUGGAUCACGCUUCAUGAGCAUGCUCAAAGAUGCACAGUGGAACGGCUUGACAGGACAAAUAAUAAUAAACAAGACAGACGGUCUGAGGAAAGAAUUUGAUUUAGAUGUCAUCAGCCUGAAGGAGGACGGCUUGGAGAAGACAAACACGGGCAACAACCGCUUGAAUAAAGUGUGGAAAAAGAUUGGUGUGUGGAACUCCCAAACAGGCCUUAAUUUAACAGAAACUAACAAGGAUUCAUCCACAAAUGUAACAGACUCAAUGGCCAAUAGGACCCUUAUUGUCACUACUAUUCUGGAAAAUCCUUAUGUCAUGUAUAAGAAAUCUGACAAGCCGCUUUAUGGAAAUGACCGCUUUGAGGGUUACUGUCUCGACCUGCUCAAAGAGCUCUCUAACAUUUUGGGCUUCUCUUAUGAAGUAAAGUUGGUGUCAGAUGGCAAAUAUGGAGCUCAGAAUGACAAAGGGGAGUGGAAUGGCAUGGUGCGGGAACUCAUUGAUCAUGUGGCUGACCUUGCUGUGGCCCCUCUCACUAUCACAUAUGUCAGGGAAAAAGUUAUUGAUUUCUCGAAGCCAUUCAUGACGCUGGGAAUCAGCAUCCUCUACCACAAACCCAACGGCACAAAUCCAGGAGUCUUCUCCUUCCUUAACCCGCUCUCUCCUGAUAUCUGGAUGUACGUGUUGUUGGCAUGCCUUGGUGUCAGCUGUGUGCUUUUUGUUAUUGCCAGGUUUACUCCUUAUGAGUGGUACAACCCUCACCCCUGCAACCCAGACUCGGAUGUGGUUGAAAACAAUUUCACUCUAAUAAACAGUGUCUGGUUUGGAGUCGGCGCACUUAUGCAGCAAGGAUCUGAACUGAUGCCUAAGGCUCUCUCUACAAGGAUAGUUGGUGGGAUAUGGUGGUUCUUUACCCUGAUCAUUAUCUCUUCAUAUACUGCCAACUUGGCCGCCUUCCUCACAGUGGAAAGAAUGGACUCGCCAAUUGACUCCGCUGAUGAUUUAGCCAAGCAAACCAAAAUAGAGUACGGUGCCGUAAGAGAUGGCUCCACCAUGACCUUUUUUAAGAAAUCGAAAAUCUCUACUUAUGAGAAAAUGUGGGCUUUCAUGAGCAGCAGGAAAAACACAGCAUUAGUGAAAAACAACCGUGAAGGGAUUCAAAGAGUCCUCACUACAGAUUAUGCCCUCUUGAUGGAGUCGACCAGCAUCGAGUACAUCAGCCAGCGCAACUGCAACCUCACACAGAUCGGAGGCUUGAUAGACUCAAAGGGCUAUGGUGUUGGAACCCCAAUUGGCUCCCCUUACCGAGACAAGGUCACCAUUGCAAUCCUGCAGCUUCAAGAAGAAGGGAAGCUGCACAUGAUGAAGGAGAAGUGGUGGAGAGGGAAUGGCUGCCCAGAAGAGGAUAGCAAAGAGGCUAGUGCCCUGGGCGUGGAGAACAUAGGGGGAAUCUUUAUUGUAUUGGCAGCUGGACUAGUCCUCUCAGUUUUUGUAGCAAUUGGAGAGUUUAUUUACAAAUCCAGAAAAAACUUGGACAUCGAGGAGGUGAGCGUCGGCCAGUGCGAAUGGCACAACAAGUAUUAACAAAAACUGCUAUGACCAUACUACACGUUUGUGUUGUCGUUCCAGGACUACAGCAAUCACUAGGCCAAUAAAAACUGAAGUCUGAAUGUGUCGAACUGCAUUGUUACAAUCAAAACAAGUUUUUAAGGCAAAGUUUUGUGUUUUCAGUAGUUUUUAUGUAGAGCACACAAACAUUUUAGUCUCGAUUGGAAGAAUAGGUUAGAAACCCUUUUUAUGAUGAUGACAGAUUGUUGUUGACUUCUGACAUCGUGACUCUUGACCAUCUUGGCCUUGCUCUUUGUUUUUGUUUUUUUUAAACAUUACUCCGUGUGAGAGAAAUGUCAUUUUCAUGGUGUUAUGGGUAAGUAAUGGUAAGUGGUAUCUUUCCAGUAAUGACUGAUUCUCUUAUGACACGUUUGUCAUUUUCAUAUUUACAGCGCACGGGAACUUUGACACAUUUACAAACUUGUUGAUUUAUUUGACAGUUUAUGAGUGAGUACUCCCUCAACAUCUUAUUCAUCAAGUUGCUUAAUGUCUGUACUUUUUUUUGUAUCAUAUGAAGUUUAUGAAAUGCAUGGAUACGUUUUGUCAUGUUGGAGCUGUUUCAAAAUGACUAAAAAUAUGUGAGAACAUUACAUCCUUUAACCUUUAACUUUUUGAUUGUUUUGCUUUUGAUCCUGGGCCUUCACUGGAUCGGGCCUCAACUUACACGCACUUGAGGUCGCAUUUAGAAGACUAAAGCCUUGUAACUCUAAUAUGACUUUUAUAUUGCAGCCGUCUCCCUUUCUCACAUUCAGUUGUGAUGUUUUUCAGUCUGUCUUUUCUGAGAAACGGCUUUCGUGAGACACAUUUACUCACGUUAUCCGAGAAAAGAGGUGAUGCGAUUACUGACCUUGGGUUUUUUGGCUUUUGGGUUUGAACUGCACUAUUUUAAAAAAAAGCCACUGUAUUACACACAAACACACACACAACUAUAUUUACAAAAGUUAAAUCCUUGGCACACAUAUAAGCUGUUGGUAUUUUUAGUACAGACUAACAAACUAUUCUGUAUUUCCAAGUCACUUCUCCCACCUUCACCAUGGAUAUAAAGUCGUGUAUUAAAUUGUGCAUCUAAAACCAUUAGUUCAAAUGGAUUACAAAUAAAAUGUAAA